ACAAGAAUGCAUGUGUACACAUACACAUGUGCACACAGUCUCUCUCUCUCUCUCUCCCUUUCUUUCUCACGCUUACAAGCAUUUUCAUUUGCAUCCUUGCUGGAUCUUCAAUAUUUACUUACGUUUUCUUUUUUUUUAAAUGGUAGGGUGUGAUUUGAAGAUUUGGUUACUAUUUCUUGCAGAUCAAGCAACCAAUAAGAUGUAGGGUGUGUGAGAGGAGGAUCCUUUUUGUACUAAGGGCAAAUUACAAAUCUGUGGAACAUAUCUCUGCUGAGGAAAAAUAACGAAUCUUUCUAAUUUAAAAAAUUCAUAGGUAUACAACUUCAGUUGCUGUUUAAGACUAGGCUUAGAUCAUUUUUCAAAUGUGAAUGCAUGCAAAAAUUUUGUCAACAGGCAAGAGGUUCCUCAUUCCUUGUUUAGAAUAUGUUUCAUUGGUAUGUGUGUAUAUAGGAAAGAACAUCUUCAAAAACUAAUCUUUGUUAUGCACUUGUCACCUCUUCUGUUCUGACUAUACUUGCUUUAGUAAAUAAACAGACCUAACUUAGGUCAAAAUCAAAGACAUAUUCGAUUUAUAUAUUGCAAAGAUGUAAAAAAAAUAUUAAUACAUUGUAAUAUAUUCUUGUUUUCAUAUCAGAGGAACGUGCAUAUGGCUGGACUUGGUAUGUUGUCUUGCAAAUAUCAAAAACUAACGUGAUUGUUGUCGAUUUCGUUCCAUAUUUGAAAUGUAUAGCAAAAUAAUAUUGUCGAUGCCAGUGUAUAUUUGUGCAUCUACACUAUAAUGUACAGAAAUGGAUUUUCAUGCUCUCAUAUGGUUCCUGUCAUACUUCAUAUUUUGAUAUAACAUUUCUGGUCACCUGUAAUACAAAUACUUCGGAUAAUCCAGUUAAAGCUAAUCUGAACUGGUGAUACUUCGAUGAUUGAGAUAAUAGUUAUAUCCUAGUUGCAGUUAUCAUGAGAGCUUCCAAUGGUGAUAACUCUGAUUGUCAUCUACCUUUCAUAUCAGAAAGCCUAACUUUUGAACGUUCCCUGAAUAAAACUUCUGUAACAGAAGCUUCAGAGUCACUAGGAAAUCGAGCAAAUCCAGUGUCAUCAGGAUUGGUAGCAACUCCUGAGUUUAUUACAGUAUCUGGUUCAGAUACUGCCUUUCAGUUGACUCCAACAAAUGGUUUGCAGAGUUUCCAAGACAUAUCUGAUGUGAAUGAUUCUUUGUUGGGAACAGUUGACACCAAUGAUAUUUUACCACAGAACACGCUGCAAACGCAGGUUGAUAGCCUUCUUGGAGGGGGCAAUGAUUUUUACAUGUCAUCUAUGGACAACUUAGGAGGCAGCUUGCAGUCAUCUUCAUCUGAUUAUAAAAACCCUCAUGAUAGUGUGGUUAUAAUUAAUUUGAGAGAUUAUGAGAAAACCAGUGUGAGUUCAUUAUCAAGUCCUGGAACACCACCAGUCGAUUCUCCGUCAUCUCCCAAUAACCUCAUUAUAGAUGCAGAUACACAGGCCUCGUUGAUUCAGCGCUCUGAAAACCUGAACCUGGAAACGAUAGAUGCCAACUCAUUAACUCCCAACAUGAGUGGUACAAGUGUUUUGUGGGGGGUUUUAGAUGAGAGUGCUGUUGAUGAAUUGCCAUGUAAAGCUCAUAAGCCUGAUAAAAAUUCCGAUGCGCCUUCCAGUCUCAGAGCUACUCAUACCUCGGAAAGUGAAACCUUGGAUGCUGAUCGAAUCACUGCUAUGACAGUAGCUGAUUAUACUAUCUCAAAGAUUGAACCUCAAACUUCAGGGGCUCAAUUCACAUUUGGUACGCAGUCAUUUGCCACAUCAGUAACAAACACUGAGCUAAAGACCGCCAAGGUUUCUUCAGUACCAUCAGUCCUUAAACAUGAGACGUCUCCGAAAGUUAAUGCAGGGUCACGACCCCAGCGCAAGUCCAAAGAACACAGUUUGAGCACACAGUUUCCACCUAAAUCACAUGGCUUUGAAUUGCUUAUUCUUGAACAGCCAGAAGAGCAGCACCGAGCUAGAUACAUGACUGAGGGUAGCCGUGGAGCAGUGAAGGAUCGAUCACAGCAAGGCCACCCAGUUGUUCAGCUUGUCGGUCCAGUCCAAUCUGCCAUUCUUCAGGUUUUUGUUGGAACUGACACGGGUAAAGUGAAGCCACAUCCAUUUUAUCAAGCCUGCAAAGUCUCUGGCAAAAAUUCAACACCAUGUAUUGAGAAGGAUAUUGACAGUACCACAACCAUUGAAAUUGAACUCUCUUCUACAAAUAACUUGAUUGCCAGUAUUGAUUGCGUUGGAAUUUUGAAGUUGAGAAAUGCUGAUGUCGAACAAAGAAUUGGUGUGGCUAAGACUAAGAAGCGAAGCACUCGCGCUCGAAUGGUAUUCAGAACAAUUUUUACAAGAUCUGAUGGUGUGCAACAGAUACUUCAAGUCACCUCUUCCCCUAUUGUUUGCACCCAACCAGUUGGACAGCCUGAAGUGUCACGACUGAGUUUAACAUCAUGUACUGUGAAAGGUGGAAAAGACUUGUUUAUAAUUGGGAAGAAUUUUAUGAAAGGAACCAAGGUUUACUUUCGUGAAACAGUCGAUGAAAGCAAAGUCAUAUGGGAGAAAGAAGCAGAAAUAGAGAAAGAUUAUUUUCAACCUACCCAUUUGAUCUGUAUAGUCCCGGAGUACUUCAAUUUGGAUAUCACAAAGCCUGUCGAAGUGAACUUGGUGGUCAGUUGCUGUGGUAAGCGAGGUGAGCCACGCCAGUUUACCUAUCAGCCUUUGGAACCACUCCCUAAAACAGAAACCCCAAUGGAAGUAGAACCACCCCAGUUACAGCCAAUGCCUGUUGGUCACAAUAUAACUGACGUUUUGCGGUUGCUGCAACAGAACUCUCAGACAUCUGGAUUACAAGUUCCACCUGAACUGAUAUUGUCAAAUCUGUUCCCUUCAGCCAAUGGUGUAGUGCCAGUACCAUCCAGUUUUCCAGAUCAAGAAUCCACUACUGACACAAAGUGUGCUUUCCCUUCAUCCUUUCAUGAACAGAGCCAUCCAUCUGAAAAUUUUCCUUCCCAACUUGAUUCCUCUAGCCAUUUUCAUUCACAGACUUCUCUUCAAAACUCCCCAGUCCAGUCCCCCCAGCAGAUUCAUUCAAAUAUUUCGUUCCAGUCCACUAAUCUUCCCCAGUCAUCAUCAGAUCACAAUUUCCAGACCACCAGUCAGCUCCAGCCAUCAGCUGAUGCCUUUUUGUCUUCUACGCGCAUGGCAUCUGACCAGUUACUGUCAUCUUCAUCGAUGGGUGCCACAGCAAUGGAGAUGCACACUAGUGAGGACUUCCAGAACCAGGCACAGCAACUACAACAGACAACAGCCACCUCACAUCAACAACUGAACAAUUCUUCAACUGAUUAUCAGUCUGCAGCAGAGAUGGUUGAAUCUUCAUCUGUUAAAGCCACGCCCAUGUUAACAAACAGUUCUACACCCCAGUUUCAAUCACAAUCACUCUAUCAUGAAGCUGCUACUGCAUUACUACAACAACAACAGCAACAACAACAACAACAACAACAACAACAACAACAACAGCAGCAGCAACAACAGCUACAACAGCAACAACAGCAGCUUCAUCAACAACAACAGCUUCAUCAGCAUCAACAACAACAACAGUUGCAACAACAACAACAACAACAACAAAUACAGCAACAGCUGCAACAGCAACAACAACAGCAACAACAACAACAACAACAACAACAACAGCAGCAACAACAACAACAGCAGCAGCAGCAACAACAGCAACCACAACAGCAGCAACCACAACAGCAACAAACACUCCACAAUAGUCCAUCAUUAAGUCAACCUAAUAGUCAUAUUCAGUUUAAUCCUGCUCAACAGUCCAACCCACCUCUUCAUCAUGUGAGCAAUGUGUCUGACAUGUUACCAAUUCAGGUGUCACCUCCAGACCAAUUCCACACUCCCUUAAAACUGUCUUUGCCAAAUUCAAUUUCAAAACUUGACAAUCCGCAACUCAAUGCACCCCCAUCUGUCCAGUGUUCAGCGAAUGCACAGACAUUAUUACAGUCAUAUUUUCAGCCAUCAUCAGACUCUCACACAAAUCAGCUACAGACAGAAUCAGCACCAUUGACACAAUUGACAUCUUCUUUGACUGGUACAUCUGGACCACAAAUCAUCAUUGUUGGUAAUCCACGCCCUGUUUCUGGGCGAAAUAAUGUCUUCAGUUUAGGAGGAAAUUCUCAGCAACCAGCACCAAGUAUUUUCAUCAUCCCAUCAUUAUCAGCCAAUAAUGUUAGUGCUGUCUCUCAACAAGACAGUGAUGUGAUGUCACUUCUUGAAUCCUUUCUUCGAGGAAACAGUAACAACAACAAUAGCAGCAACACCAACAGCAACAACAACAAUACCAACAGUAACAACAGCAACAGAAAUAAUGCUAACAACAGUAACAACAGCAGCAGUAACAACAACAACAAUCUUCAGUCCUAGCACAAAACAGCGAUGAAUGCAUUUUCUACAAUUUUGCAGAAUGUAACGCCGACAUUCUCACUGUUCUUGAUUAACUCUAUCUAACACUAAUGUCGGUUGAGUGAGGGGCAGUUGUGCCCGAGGUGAGAGAAUGCAGUUAGGGAUUUCAAUUAGCCGACUUGCAUCUAAUCCCCCUCUAUUCCCCAUUAAACCAGUAUUCCUUGUCCUGUAAAUAAUGGAACUACCAUAAAUUGGUGUUUCAUUUUUUAAAAAAAUUUUUUCUUUUAAUCCUUGUAGGUGAACCUUGAUUGGGGGAAGCAAUAUUUGGCUGUGAGUAAAAUGUUCAUAAAAUUUUUAAAAAAUGAAAAAAAAUGCAUAAAAAUAAAUGUAAAGACAAUAACAGUGCUGUCAGCAUUAACACCUCCACCAACACUAUUAUUACUACUACCAUCACUAUAACUAUCAAUGACAUCUUCAUCAUUAUCAUCACCAUCAUUGUCGUCCUUGUCAUCAUCAUCAUCAUCAUCAUCAUCAUCAUCAUCAUCAUCAUCAAUGUAACAGCAUCUUAAUCAACAGAAAAUGAGUAAACAAUACAGAAAAUACAACAUAUGAAGAAAAUAAUAUUAUGGAGUAUCACAAGGUGUAUACAUAUGUAUGUGUGGUACAUGUAUGUGUAUGCAUAUGAAUAUGUAUGUGCAUAUAUAUACAUGUAUGUAUAUAUGUAUGUGUAUAUGAAUAUACAUGUGUGUGUGUGUGUGUGUGUGUGUGUGAAUGUAUAUUUGUAUAUUUUCAGUGAUUAGUACUCUAGUUGUUCAUUUACCUGCACUGCUUAUUCAUUGAAUUGUAAUUGGCUGAGUAUUCCUAGACACCUGAACCCUUAACAUAAUCCUGAUAGAAUCAACAACAAUGCUGAACCUUUGAAUUACUUAUAGAGUCCAAUUUGACAGUUUUUAUCUCCCCAGUUUCACUUACAAGAUGAUAAAAACACAUGCAAGACAUCAUACAUAGAGAUUGCACCUAUGGCCUAAUGAUUGCCAAGCAAACUUCUUAGCCACAUGGCUAUGUCUGCAUUCAUAUAUAUAAACAAACAUUAUUGUUAUGGAAUCCAUAAUGGUGGAUAUAUGUGCUUGAUCAUAAGUUUAAGAAACUAUUACAUUAUUAUACACACUAAUAAUCACAUACCAACGAAAACCAGUAUGUUGGUCCAAUAGUAAGACAAAUUGAGACAAUUCUUAAACUCUGAUUCUGAGGUUGAGUCUUAGAGCAAUUCCUAAAGACCCAUAGAAGGAUGAGAACUCAGCAGUACAAGCUAACAAGGCAUUUUCUUUUUCUGUUCUUUCGAGUCUGAGAAAGACCACUCUGAAAAUUUCUUGCUGACCAAGCUGCACAUAGGAUUUGUUUAUAGCGAUCAAAUGUUUGUGCUGUACAUAAGCUCGCUCCCUCCAUCAAAUCAACAUUGCCUGUACAAGUGCAUGGUGUGUUAAACAUUAGAUGUUGAAGUGAUUGCAGAGCAAUGUGAAGUGAAGUGUUUUGCUCAAGAACACAAUGGACCGCUCAGUCUGGGAACUGAAACCAUUAACUUGCAAUCAUGAGUGAAACACCCUAAAUCGCUCGGCCAUGCACCCUCACAUUUUGUCUAUUAACAAAUUAUUAACAGUGCUGAUGCUUAUAGUGAUAAGUUGUUCCUAGUGUGUGGUACUUAUUUGUGACUUAGUGUAUUGGAUUAUUUUACAGUAAUGUGUCUUGACCAUGGAUACUGCUUAGUGAAGCCAAUAUGUAAAAUAUCUGUCCUAACUUUGAGAGAUUAAUUUUUAAUUUUUUUUUAAACUAUCCACCACCACCUCCCUCAACCCUUCUUUGAUAGUCACUAACAAUUGCCAUUAAGUGGCAAGUAUCAGUCAAAGAAAUUUUUGCAUACAACAUUCUGUACAUUACCUCUUAACUUAUUUACCUGUCUGUUUUAUGGCUGUGUGUGUGCGUGUGUGUGUUUGUGUCCAAGCCAAAGUAGUAUAGACAAAAAUUGCUGUUACAGUUAUAUCGUUGUUGAUGAUGAUGAUUAUGAUGAUAACACUAUGUGUUUUUGUGUAUGUUGAUACAAUACAUAUGUAUAUGCAUUGUUUAUAAAUAUACAUUUGCUUAUUUACAAAUGUAAUUAUAAAUACAUAUAUAUAUUACUAUAUAUGUUCAUAAUUGUAUAUAUAUAUAUAUAUAUAUAUAUAUAUAUAUAUAUACACACACACACACACACACACACACACACCCACAUUCAUGCAUACUUAAUUGCAUGCAUGUGCAUUUAUGCAUAUACACGUAUGUAUGUAUGUGUGUGUGUGUGUGUGUAUACAUAUAUAUGUAUAUAAUUAUGUUCACAUACAACAUUGAAACAUAGACAUGUGUUACACACAUUCAUAUAUACACAUAAAUAUAGACAAAAAUAAAAAUGAUGGAAAAAAAAAAUACACAAAAAUGGUGCUAAUGUAUACACUGUCACCAUUAGAAACACAUUUUGCCUGGUUCUCAUCUCAUUUCUCUUAUAUUGUUAUCUUUCUUCAUCUUCUCUUCAUUCAAACCCUCCUUAUGUUUUAUUGUUUUAAUAAACUUAUUCAGUUUCAUCUAAAA